ACCCGUGCAGAAAGCUGAACAGGCUUAGGGUUGCUUUUUCCAUCUCUAACUUGUCGUCUGCAUUUUGUGACUCCCUCAAGACGGGAAGGAUGUACACAGCUCUCACACUCUUCGUCUUCAUCGGCCUGACUGCCAACGCCCAUGCCGAUCUGCAUCAGCCUUGCCAUCCACCCAAUAUGACAGGAACAAUGAUUGUGAUGUCCUUAAAAGGUGAGGUGAAAGCGCUGGGUACAUUCACUUAUGAUUCCACGGGCAAUAAACUUCGCUUCAAAUCAAACGAUAGCCAUCCCCUGAACACUUCAGAACAUCUGGAUUUACUGAUGUUUUUUGACGAGGGAGUAUUCUAUGAGAUUGACAGCAAAAACCACAGCUGUGAGAAAAAAUCCUUGCAGUCGACCCUGCACCCGCUAGAAAUUCCCUCCGAUGCCACGUUUUUGGCAGCAUUGAAUCCUGGGAGUGCCACGGUUGAAGGGGAGGGAAUAAAAGUCAAUGUAUGGAGAGGAUACAUGCCAGGCACCAAAGAUUAUUAUUCCAUGUCUGUAACCAUGGGAUGUCUGCCUGUGUCCAUAUUGUACUUCUCUGAGUCAUCACCACUUCUUUUCAGCAACAUGGACAUUGAGUCUGAAAUCAAGGACCCUGAUCUUCUGCUCGUGCCAUCCAUUUGUGAGGGGCAUCCUUUGGAAGAGACACCUGAAGGGACGGUACACAGUUUCCUCAAUGAGUUCAUGUAGAGCAAACUCACCGAACCAAACUCCUACCAGACUACGACCCACCGCAAUUUUGGCACUUCUUGUGCCUUAUUGUCUUUAACUCCAGUUUUUCACUUGACUCUGCACUGCAUCACACACCAUCCUGGUUGAUCUUCUAUUGCUUUGAAUGGAUCAUGUAUAGCCUACAUAUAUUUUACUGUAUUUGAAAGACACAUGGAAUAUAGAAUUAGUGUACUUACUAACAGCUGGUGGCUUUUCACAUUCAUAGGCCUACUGCUUGCAAAACCUUUGUGAUAUGAUUAAUGGAACAAUAAAAUGUCAAAGCUG